UAGUUAACUUUACGUCACAUUUUUUGGGGCAUCUGUCAUGUUCAGCCCAUCUUAACCUAAAUUUAUAAGGGUAUAUCGCUUUAUAGAUUUAAACCAUUUCGUUUCACAUGCCAAAGUUAAUUCUGAAUGAAUUGACUAAAGGCAAGCACCGUUACAAAUGGAACAAUUACUAGCACAUUACACUGAAAAGUUUACGAAAAUCGAUGGCAAUAUUUUCGAGGUGUUCUCACAAUUUUAUAAUUUGGACCUAUCGGAGAUUGAGAACUGGCUUCAGGCACAAUUCAAAAAUAAAACACUUAAAGAUGAUAAACUAUCAACAGUUUACAGACAGGAGGGCAACAAAUAUUAUGCUCGAAAGGACAGACUGAAAAGUUUAGAGUUUUACACAAAGAGUUUGUGCUCUGCUACUCCUAAUGGCAAGGAAUAUGGCUUGGCACUUGCUAACAGAUCUGCCGUGUCUUUUGAAAUGGGGGAAUAUGAGAACUGCGUUAGGGAUAUCAACUUAUGUUUCAAAACAAAUUACCCAACGGAUCUUAAACCGAAAAUUUACAUUAGAAAAGCAGAAUGUUAUAUUUAUUUAGGACAAAAGGAAAAUUUGGAGCAAUGCAUUUCAGAAAUGUAUAACUUUAUUAGUAGUGCAAACAUACCAGGCAAAGAAAAAUAUUUUUCUAAAAUAGAAAAUUUUAAAAAGUCGAAAAACCUGCCAACAACGCACGUACCUUCGGAAACAUCACAUGAACUUCCAAAGUUGACCGAUGGGGAGAAUGAGAAUUUUGCUUAUGCAUCAGCUAAGCUGAAAAUGAGCUAUGAGAAAUCAAAAGGACGUCACGUAAUCGCCAGGAAGAACAUACAAAAGGGUGAUGUGUUAUUUGUAGAGAAAGCACUAAUAUUUGCACCGGUGUUUAAGGAAAACAAAGAGUUAUACCCCUUUAAAUGCUACAACUGCCUUAAGGAUACACUAAGCUGUAUUCCUUGUCAAUCAUGUACAUUAUGUUUUUAUUGCAACGAAAACUGUAGAGUGUCGUCCUGGAACGAGUGUCACAAGUGGGAGUGCCAGGGAAUGCAGACCAAUUUUUGGCACGACUUAGGCAUUGGAUUUCCCGGUUUUAAGGCCAUGCUUAAGGGCAUACCGUCCGGCUUUCGAAACAUCAAGGGGGAUCACGAGGAGGAUUUGAAAUCAUUCGGUAGUAAGGAAGACAACUAUCCGUAUUUCAAUAGACUGGUUUCUAAUAUAUACAGAAGUAAAAACGUCGUUCCAUACACUGUUAUGUCUGCUGUGGUGGUGAUCUACCUGAAAAAGUACACUGAUUUUUUCUCGUAUUUGCUGACCGUGCCCAAUUGCCCGAAACAAGAUAUGGACAGUUUGAUUCGAUACAUUGGCGGUCUGAUAACGAAGCACACUGCCCAGCUGUCGAGCAAUUCGAUGAUCGUCGAACACUGGACGUAUUCCACUUCAGACAUGCUCUUUCCGGAUAUACUGAUUACGGUCGCCUGCGGAAUGUUUCCUUCCGUCAGUAUUAUGAACCAUUCGUGCAGGCCCAACGUGACUACUUUUUUUAUCUGUGAUACAAUAGUUGUUAAAGCUCUUGAAGAUAUAUCAGAAAACGAAGAAAUAUUCAAUUGUUAUGGCAUAGAUUAUCGGGGAAUGAAUAGAGAAUAUCGACAAAUAGCGUGUAGAAAUAUUUAUCAUUUUGAAUGUAAAUGUGUAAUUUGCUCAGAUCCAACUAAGGAAGUGGACAUGUUGGACAGUUAUUUGUGUCCAAAAUGUAAAGGACUUAUCCCAGAAGUGCAAAAAUCAACAACCAGCUACUGCGUCAAUUGUGGCGAGAAAAUUGGUCUUAAAAUAUUUAGAAGGAUCAAUGACCAAGCUCAAAAAUAUUUGGAAAGCGAAGAUGUGAAUCAACUUGAGGUGUUGGUUAAGUGUUUGAAAAUAAGAGAGAAGAUCUUAUACAAACACCACAAGGAUUUCGAGGAGGUGUAUUAUAGAUUAUAUAGUUACUAUGUUGAAAAUUGCGACGCCGAAAAUAUGUUUAAAUAUUUUCAUCUUUGGCUGACUAACGAAAAGGCCAGGCGGGGCGAAAACUCUAGGGGGAUAGGCACUAAACUUUAUGAAGCUGCUUUGGCUAUUCUUCAUUGUUUGCAAAACGGCCAUCCAAAAAAUUGCAAUUUAAAAGACUUUCUACAGAAUGUGGAGUGCAUGAUUAAAGAAGCCAAAAUUGUUUUGAAUUUAUAUUAUCCAGCUUACAUAACAAACAGAUUGAGUGCUAAGAUACAAUAUAUCUCACAUAAGUAAUUUUUUUAUAUCAAUAAAUACUAAUACUAACUAUACAA